AUUUUUAAAAGAAUUUUACUAUGAUGAUGAAUUCUUUUUUUUGCAAAUAUCCUUUUAUCUGUUUAAAAUAUUAAUUAAAUAUCAUGAUCCUGUAUUGUCAGAAAUAUUAGAGAAUAAUAAGAUGACCCCCGAAAUUUAUGCGUCCUCAUGGUUUUUGACUUUGUUUGCCUCUAAAUGCAAUAUGAGGAUUUUGAAUUUAAUUUAUAUGAUAUUUUUAUUAGAGAAGAAUCCUUUUUUUUAUUUUUAUUUUUCUUUAGCUCUUUUAAUCUUACACAG